UAUCUAAAACCACAUUUAAGUUUUAUGCAAUAUAUAUUAUAUACACCGAAUAAUAUAAUAAAAUUAAUAUAAAUGUCAAAUUUCAAAAAAAUAACAAUUAAUGUCUAUACACUAAAAUCAAAUAUUUUUCUUAUUUUAGAAUAAACAUAUCUUCCAACAUUAUUAAUUUAUAGAGGUUCUACUGUAUCUAACAUGUUUUUAUACCGUUGUAAAUUUGAUGUCUGAUAGUGCAAGCCAAGCAAUCUCCCAUAAUCUUUAAUUCUCUCUUUUUUUUUUCUUCCCUUAUCUUGAUAUUUUUUCCUUGAGUGUUAACUAUAAAUUUGUAAUAUUUUAAUCUUUAACUAUAUAUAUAUAUAUUAAUUGUUGACAACAACCGACAAAAAAAUUGCUGACAACAAAUUAUUUCAAUCGAAUAUUUGUACGAAUUGUUAACUUUAGAAAUAAGUGACUGCAAUAUUUUAUAUUGUGUUUACCAAAAAAAUAUUUUGUAUUGUAAAUACUGCAUUCACCAGCAAAAAUGCAAACAAAUACUGCACUAACUUUUAAAUCUUGUUAAAAAAAAACUUUUAAAUCUUGGUGUAAAUUAACGGUACGUUUUGUUCGCCUCUCUAUACCUUUUAAUAAAUUGAAACUAGGUCAAAAUGAUGUAAUUAAGUAACGAUGUUUUUCCUCUUUGUCUGUAGAAAAACGAGAAGUAGUUUCUCUCUCUCUCUCUCUCUCUAGGCUAAUACUCCUAAAAUCCCUUAGUUUAAGCAGUGACUUCACUUCCAAAACAAUUCUCUCUUUCGCUCACUCUCUUUAGUUCCUUCUUCUUUCUUCGAAGUCUUUCGCUUUACAAAACCAUAAUAAAAUUUUAAUACUUCUCAAUCUCCCUAUAACUCUCAGAUCACUAUGGUCUAGAUACUUUUUUCCUGAAGGCCAGUUUUAAUUUGUUUCUCCGAAGCAUAGUAAUUAAACGCAAGUUGCGCUGCUUUUGCUGGUUGCGAGGAGAAAGAUCAAAAUAAUGGAAGUUGCGAGUCAAGAAGAACAUGACAUGCCUAUUCCAAUUAACACUACUCAUGGUGGGCAUGGACACAUGAUACACCGUCAUCAUGAUCAUCGCCAUCAUAAUCCUGCCAAUUCUACUCAUCCAAACCCACUAAUGGUCCUCUCAAAUGGUAAUGGUUUUGGGCAAAACCAUGACGAUCCUGAUCACCACAAUGUGGGCUACAACAUCAUGAUCAGCAACAACAACAACAAGGAGAAGCAUGUGGUUAACAAGUACAAGGAAUGUUUGAAGAACCAUGCAGCUUCCACGGGAGGCCAUGCUAUUGAUGGUUGUGGAGAGUUUAUGCCAAGUGGUGAAGAAGGUUCCAUAGAAGCUCUCACUUGCUCAGCUUGUAACUGCCAUAGAAACUUCCAUAGAAGAGAAAUAGAAGGCGAAGAUAAGACCUACUUUUCCCCUUACCACCACAACCAACCACAGAGAAAUCCCAUGUUCCAUCACCACCACAAGAUGACCAAAUCACCGCUACCACAGCAAAUGAUCAUGCCACUUGGCGUUGCAACAACAACUGUAUCAAACACAGAGUCAGAAGAAGACUUACCAUUUCAGCAGCCACCACCGCCGUACAAUCACGGAGGACAUAAUCAAAAGAAGAGGUUUAGGACAAAGUUUACUCAGGAGCAGAAGGAGAAGAUGCUGAGUUUUGCAGAGAGGAUUGGUUGGAAGAUGCAGAGACAAGAGGAAUCUGUUGUUCAGAAGUUUUGUCAAGAGAUCGGAGUUAGGAGAAGAGUUCUUAAAGUCUGGAUUCAUAACAACAAACACAAUCUAUCCAAGAAGAGCAAUAAUAACAAUGUCGAGAUUUCUGCUGGUAACAACGACAUCAAUAAAGCUCUUGCCGGAAAUCUUGCUCCUAGUUCUUAAUUAGUUUACGUUGGGAUUGUUAUUAUCUAUGUUUUCUUAAUGCAAGUACCUUAUGGUUAAUGUUUUAACUCUAUUGUUCGGUGUUAAUCAUUAGAUUUUGUAGUUUAUGAUUAUUUGUCUCAUUUAUUCAUUCCAAUAAUAUAUGCAUGCAAUA